AUUGCAUAACAACAAUUUCCUUUCUGUGGAAACGAACUCUUUCUUAUCACAUACUUCAUUUAUUUUAGUUAAGUAAGAAAGUGAAAUUAUUUAUGACCCAUCCGACUGAGAUCAAAUUUUGGUGCCGCUGCCGGGGAGGCAUACGGCUUGUUAUUUAGUUUUGGUUUCUUAUUUUAAUUUUGUUUUUAAUGUCGUUUUGAGAAUUGUGUUUCAGGUACCUUAUCGAAAUACAAACAGAAGGAAGUAAUAGGUGAUGCAAAUCGUACACUCAAGGAGCUAGCUUCCCAGAAGUUGGACCAACAACAAUGGUGUAUUGAAGCAACAUCCACUUUUGAUAUUCAACCAGGGUUGAUUAGUCAAAUACCAAAGUUCCAUGGAUUUGCAUGGGAAGAUCCGAACAAUCAUCUUAUGGAGUUUCAAUGGUUAAUCACAAGCAUGAUACCUAAUGGUGCCGAUGCGGAUGAAGGAAUGUUGCGUGCUUUUCCUUUCUCUUUGCUAGACGCAGCUAAAGAUGGGUUAUAUUAAUUAUCACCUGGUAGUGUUACAACAUGGGCAGCAUUGAAGAAACUUUUCCUAGAGAGGUAUUUUCCUGCAUCCAAAGUGGCUCAAAUUCGUAAAGAGAUAAGUGGAAUUAUGCAGAUGGAAGGUGAAACAUUUUAUGAAUGUUGGGAACGUUACAAGAGAUUGGUGGCUAGUUGUCCGCAUCAUCAAUUCAGUGACGCAUUGAAUAUCCAUUAUUUUUAUGAUGGUUUAUUAUCAAGUGAUAGAAAUCUCCUUGACGCUGCACGUAGUGGUGCACUCAUGAACAAGAUGCUGACACAAGCUAGAGAGUUGAUUGAGAGUAUGGCAACAAAUUCUCAACAAUUUUAAAGUCGUAGAUCAGAGCUACCUAUCAAGGGAGUUAAUCAAGUUGGCGAGAUUACUGAAUUACGUCAGCAAAUGAGUAAUAUGAUCGCAAUGAUGCAACAAAUUGCAGCUGUGGUUGUAAAACCAUCAUGCCCAGCUUAUGAGAACGUUGAGCAAGUCAAUGCUAUCUUUUCAAGUAAGCGGUAUGAUUCUUUCUCCAACACUUAUGAUCAAGGAUCGAGGGACGACACCAAGUUUGGCUAUGGUAGCGAUCAAGUUGCAAGUGUAAGUUUUGUUUACAACCGUCCAAGUGAAUUCUAACAAGUGCAACAACCACAACAAAUUCAAAGUCCAGAAUUGGCGAAGAUGGCUACUUUGAUGGAGGCUCUAAUGUCCGUGGUACAACAAAAUCAACAACUAGCGAAAUUGAAUCAGAAGAAAAUGGAUAAUGCAAUUAGAGAGUUGCAAGCACAAGUUGGUCAACCAUCACAUCAACAAUUUCAUCCACAACAACAACCUCAAAAUCAAAGGUCUAAUAUGGAAGAGUUGCUGACAUCUUUUAUGCAAAAAACGGAGGGUGCAGUCAAGGACUUGCAAACACAAGUUGGUUCCAUGACCGAGGAGAUUAAUCAGCUGCAUGCACAAAAUGGUGAGAAACUCCCUUCCCAACCUACUAACCCAAGUGAGGGUGUCAGUGCGAUUACGAUGGGAAGUGGUAACAAUUUGUACAACCCGAAAUUACUGAUUCGGGUUAAGAAGAAGCCCCAAUGGAACCAAUUUUGGAGGAAAAGAAUGCAGAUUUUCCCCAAACUUCUGAGGUAAAAUGACUAAUAUUUCCAGUGAAUUUCUACGUUUUAGACAUGAGUGAUGUAAAUUCAUCCUCGUCUACACCUUUACUGUUGGGUAGACCAUUUUUUAGUACUGCUAGAACGAAGAUCGAUGUCCACAAUGGCACCUUGACUAUGGAGUUUGAUGAAGAAGUCAUACACUUCAACAUCUUUGAGGCGAGGAAACACCCAAGUACCAUUCAAUCAGAUUUCCAUAAUGUGUUGGAAGCCGGCUAAGGCGUAACAAACAAGGAGAUAAUCGGGCUGACGACUUUAAACCAAGUGCUAAAUGGGAGGCAACCCAUAAGAUGAGUAUUUCUUGUCUUAUUUUUAUUCUUGUCUUGUCUUGCAUUUACUUUUUCUGAUUUCUUAUCACAUUAUC